CAUAAAAACUCUCCGACUUCCCUGCAUUCCACAUUGGGAAGCAUCGAACUUGGUGGAAAAUGAGAGGGAGCACCUCGCCAAUUAUCCCUCCACAGACCCAUGGAUUAUCCAUACCCCCUUCCUAUGCCGUCCACUCUUCUCGCAUUAGCCCAGAUCUUUCCCUCCUUAACGCACCUCUAGUAAACCAAGAAACCAUGGUUAUAAACCUCUCAUCCUAUCCGCCAUCUUCUUCCUAUCCGCUCAUCAGAUUAACCAAUUCAAAGCUACCUAUCUCAGGAUUUUCGCUAAUGCCCAAAACCCCCAAAACCCAGUAUCCAAAUUCUUCUUUUUCUUUUUGCUAUUCAUUUUCUCCAUCACGACUCGCUUUGAAUUUCUCGAACCAAUUUUUCUUGGAAAAGAGUAGAAACCCACUUGGAAAAAGAUCUGAUUUUAGGUCUUGGGCAAUCUCUGUGUUUGAUGUUGGAGACUUUGAGAAUGCUCAGUCUGUUUUGGAGUCCGCUGCAGUCUUAACAGCCGUAAUCAGUGUUCAUGAGAGUGGUCACUUCCGUGCUGCUUAUCUCCAAGGAAUCCACGCAAGUAAAUUUGCUGUUGGGUUUGGUCCCACUUUAGCUAAAUUCAAUGCAAACAAUGUAUAAUACUCCAUAUAGGGUUCCAAUCCAAAACCCUAAAUAAAAUUUAAAAAAAAAAAUGUAGAAUACUCCAUACGAGCUUUUCCUCUAGGUGGCUUUUUGGGGUUCCCUGAUAAUGAUCCAGAGAGUGGCAUUCCAGUCGAUGAUGAAAAUUUGCUCAACAGGAGGCCGGUAUUCGAUAGGGUAAUUGUGAUUUCAGCUGGUGUUGUUGCCAAUAUAAUCUUUGCAUAUGUGAUAAUCUUUAUCCAAGUAUUUCCUGUCGGUUUGCCUGUACGAGAGGCCUUCCCUGGGGUGCUUGUGCCCGAGGUUCUACCGUUUUCGGCUGCUUCCCGAGAUGGUUUGCUUCCGGGCGAUAUAAUACUUGCGGUCAAUGGAAAUAAACUGCCAAAAGCUGGGCCUAGUGCGGUUUCUGAGCUUGUUGAUGUAAUUAAGAAAAAUCCGAAAAGAAAUGUGUUGCUCAAGAUUGAGAGGGGGGAGGAGGAUUUUCAAAUUGGAGUCACCCCAGAUGAGAAUAUCGAUGGGACUGGUAAAACUGGUGUUCAAUUAUCACCAAAUGUAAAGAUUUCAGAAGUUUUUCCAAAGAAUUUAUUGGAGGCUUUUGCUUAUACUGGGAAGGAAUUGUGGGGUCUUCCAUCUAAUGUUUUGGAUAGCUUAAAACAGACAUUUCUAAAUUUCUCCCUAUCUGCGAGCAAGGUUUCAGGUCCUGUGGCUAUAAUUGCUGUCGGUGCUGAAGUAGCAAGGUCAAAUAUUGAUGGGCUUUACCAAUUUGCUGCAGUGCUUAAUAUUAACCUUGCAGUAAUAAAUCUUCUUCCAUUUCCUGCUUUAGAUGGGGGUUCCUUAGCUUUGAUCCUCAUGGAGGGGGGUGGGAGAAAGCUCCCUCUAGAACUAGAGCAGAGGAUUAUGUCAUCAGGAAUCAUGCUUGUUAUACUCCUAGGGACGUUCCUUGUUAUACGGGACACAUUUAACCUUAAUUUCAUAAAAAAUUUGCCGUGAGCGCUUUCAAGGUCUUAGAAAGUCGAAUUUGGCUUGGGUCUUGGAAAUAUGAAGCUGUUCUUAACUUUGAUCGAUUGCCUGUGAUGUGCACAGAGGGGGAAGCCUCAGAUAACUGGGAAUGCUUUGCAUAAAGUGGUUGCUUCUCCCAAAAAAGAUUACAAGGAAGGUGCUAAUUGCAUCUCAAUUGUUCUAAUCUAUGCAUCCAAUAGGAGGUCCCUUCUAUCGUCUUGUAAAUUAUAAUUUUUUGUUAAUGAUAUUGGCAACAUAACAUUUGUUGUGGA